GCGGGGUGGAGCGUGGAGCUGCCGCAUGAGCCGCACGACCCCAGCGCCAACUGCUCCUCCGCCAACCCCACCGUCGUUGUCAAGACCAACCUAUGGUACUCGGACCGGCCGUUCCACGUGCCCCCCGUGUUCCCCCUGUGCACCAUGGACGCCUGCUUCAACUUCUCGCGCUGCCCCUCCCCGCCCGCCCGCGAGCCCCUCGUGUACUCCUACUGGCCCGGGCCCAAGUACUUUGCCCGAUUCAACACCACCAGGUGGCACACGGACGACCCCAGCAAGGCGUGCUUCUUCUUCGUCUUCAUGUCCGCAGGGCACCCCCGCCACUUCAAAGACCUGCCCUUCUGGGGGGACGACGGCCACAACCAUGUGCUUAUCAGCUUUGCAGACAACUGGAGUGGGCCACCGGCGUGGAGUGUGGGCAAGGCGGCGCUCAUGCUCACAGCCGCGCACCUCACCGUGCACCGCGCAGCCUUUGACGUCUCCCUCCCGCUGCCGCCCACUUGGAAGCGCCACGCGGCCGGGCUGCGGUCGCUGCCGGUGGCUCAGAGGCGGUACCUGCUGACGUUCAUGGGCACGCGCUACCUGGGCUCCAUGCAUGGCAACUUCCGCAGCUCGGCGGCGUUCAAGGCGCUGCACAACGGCAACGACAUCAUCGUUGUCACCCAGUGCGGAGGGUCGACGAACCGGAGGAUAAUCGAGGAGGACCCGUCGCUGCUGCCCGAGUGCACGGCGGACGCGGCGCUGUUCCGCACCUUCUCCUACCCCGCCCUCAUGAACUCCUCCUUCGCCCUCGUCCCUGCCGGCCGCCAGGCCUCCACCUACCGCUUCAUUGAGGCGCUGACAGCUGGCGCGAUACCAGUGGUGGUGGCGGACAACUGGAAGCUGCCGUUUGACGACAUCAUCCAGUGGCACCGCUGCCUACUGCUCUUCCCCACCCACCUGCUCUCCCGCAUCCCCCCCACCCUGCGCACCAUCACCCCGAAAGCAGCGGAGAAGCGGCGGCAGCGGUGUGUGUCGAUAUUUGAGGAGUAUUUAGCGUCAGACGAUAUCCUCAUGCGUUCAGCCAUGACUGCGCUCAAAUCACAUGCCGGGGGGAUCUUCCCACUGUAA